AUGGACUCCGACGUGCCACAUCACUCUCUCCUUGCUUCCAAGGUCUACCUUUCUCUCCUCCUUACCAGUAACUUCCCUAUUUUAUCCCUGUUCACAUCUAUGGCUUUCCUCUCCUUACUCUACACCGUCCACCUCUCUUUCAAGAAUCCUCAGUCUGGUCCACCAUCUGGAAAUCUCGCUAAGACAGAUAGGGGGGGGGGGGGCAGGUUGAAUAGUAAGAAUGUUGAAGAAGAGGGCGAGGAGGAGAGAGAACCAGUAAGAGAAUUUAAUGUUAGGGCUUUUUUUCCUGUUCUUGAAUGGUUAAUUGGGUUCCGAUUUCAUGGUUUAAGCUUCGAUUUCAUCAAUUUUUCUUCUAUAUGA